GCCACGGGUGAGGGAAGGGAGGAGAGCGGUGCCUGCGUGGGGCCCGGGCAGCGCGGUGGCGGAGGCACUCCCCUCAGCCACCAUGGCGCGCCGGUAGCCCGCGGCGGGGUCCCGCUCCCCCUCCUCCGCAUGGCUCCGGGCCGCCUUAUGGCGGCCGGUGGAGGGGGUGGGUGGGGAAACCCGAGUGCCCGCCGGCGGGAGUCGCUCGCCUCGGCCGGCUAAGGGGGCGGCUCGGCUUCGGCAGCCCCGCCUGCGCGGCGCCGGAGGGGUUAAGCGCCCCCGCUCCCGGUGGGCUCGCUGCCGGCGGGGAGGGGGUUAAGCGCCUGGCGGCGGCGGCUGCCGCCACUCGGCUCCGCGCCGCUCUCCGCGCCGGAGCCGUUACAGUGGGAAGAUGGCGACGGAGGGCGCGAGCGGCGAGUCGGGCUCCGGCAGACGGGAGGACUCGGCGGCCACGGCAGCGAAGAGAGAGUUUGAUGUGGAUAAUUUGAGCAAGCCAGAACUGCGAAUGCUUUUGAGUAUAAUGGAAGGAGAACUAGAAGCACGAGACCUUGUAAUUGAAGCCUUGCGGGCCCGGCGCAAAGAGGUUUUUAUCCAGGAGCGAUAUGGAAGAUUUAAUCUGAGUGACCCAUUUCUGGCUCUUCAGAGAGACUUUGAGGCAGGUGCUGGUGAUAAAGAAAAGAAGCCAAUAUGCAUGAACCCUCUGUCCAUUUUAGAAGCUGUUAUGGCUCACUGCAGGAAAAUGCAAGAAAGAAUGUCAGCUCAGUUGGCUGCUGCUGAAAACAGACAAAAGAAGUUGGAAAUGGAAAAAUCUCAGUUACAGAAUCUUGAGCUGGAGCAUAAAAAGCUAUCCACUCGUCUUGAAGAAGAACGAGGAAAGAACAAGCAUGUAGUAUUGAUGCUAGUGAAAGAGUGUAAGCAGUUGUCUGGCCGAAUUGUAGAGGAAGCCCAGAAACUGGAAGAAGUGAUGUCAAAAUUUGAAGAGGAAAAGAAAAAAGCUACCGAGCUGGAGGAGUCGCUUGCAGCUGAGAAACAAAGGAGCACACAAAUGGAAGCUCAAAUGGAAAAGCAGCUGUCUGAGUUUGACACGGAGAGAGAGCAGUUGCGUGCCAAACUUCAUAGAGAGGAAGCACACACCAGUGACCUCAGAGAAGAGAGAGAUAAAAUGGUCAAAAUGAUUGAGCAAUUAAAAAAAGAGAAUGAAAGUAAAGCUAAUCUUUCUCUUAAAAAUAAAGAUAAGAAUAAAGAUAGGAGUCUUGUUUCUGUUUCUGUUGAAACAGAAGAGCCAAGUUCAAGAACUGUUGCCUGCCAAACAGAUACUGUGGUGAUGGACAGUAGCACAGAAAAUGUUAAGAAGUUGCCUUUGACUGUACCUGUAAAGCCGUCUACAGUGAACCCACUAGUGUCUGGCAAUACAAAAAUGAAUGUGUGUGCCAAUGCAGCAUUUGUGAAGCCUGUCAUUGAUAGACAGUCUUCAUCUAGUGAACUUGUCCCUCCCACGACUCCUGUUCUUACACAGAAUCAAAACAGAAUUGAGGAAAAUGGACCAAGUACAGGCUCAUCACCUGAUUUACCAAGUAGCACUCCCCCUUUUUCAAACAGUACUUCCCUUUGCGCCCCUGCAGCACCCACUGCCGCAGCUCAGAAUUCCUCACUCACUUCAUCUAUGCACAGUUUGCAUUCACCGUCUGCCAACACUACUGGGCAUCUAGGCCUAAAUCCACGCAUCCAAGCAGCUAGAUUUAGAUUUCAAGCGAAUGCAAAUGAUCAAGACCAAAAUGGAAACACAACCCAAAGCCCUCCCUCAAGGGACAUAUCCCCUACGAGCCGUGAUAACCUAGUUUCCAAACAGGUAGCUCGGAAUACUGUUACCCAAGUCCUUUCAAGAUUUACAAGCCCUCAGAGUGGUGCUCCAUCACGGCCGGGGACAUCACAUUCAAUGGAAGUUGGCACUUACCCCCCAGUUGGUAGAAUGAGUUUAAAGACUCCCAGCGUAUCAAGGAUUGACAGAGGAAAUCCUCCACCUAUUCCUCCCAAAAAACCAGGGCUUUCGCAGACUCCUUCUCCACCACACCCACAGCUUAAAGUUUUAAUGGAUAGUAGUCGAUCCCCAAAUACAGGUACAAAAACUGACAGCAAAACCAUGACCUCACCUCUUUCAAGUUCACCACAAGGAAUCAGGGUAAUAAAUGAGGAAAUUAUUUCUAAGUCCUCACCUCAGCUGCCACCAAAACCUGCUAUAGAUUUAUCUGUGGCACCUGCAGGCUGUGCCAUACCAGCCAUAGCCUCAUCUCAGGUGGGUGCCUGGCCUUCCCACUUCCCUGGACUGAACCAACCUGCAUGUUCAGAAAAUUCCUUUGUCAUUCCCACCACCAUUGCCUGUAGCUCCUCCAUAAACCCUGUUAGUGCUUCAUCCUGUAGACCAUGUGAUUCAGACAGCCUCCUGGUAACAGCAUCAGGCUGGUCUUCCUCCCUAACCCCUUUGUUAACAAGUGGUGGUCCUGUCCCCCUGGGUGGCAGGCCCACCCUUCUUCACCAAGCUGCUGCCCAGGGAAAUGUCACUUUAUUAUCAAUGCUGCUUAAUGAAGAAGGACUGGACAUUAAUUACUCUUGUGAAGAUGGCUAUUCUGCCUUGUAUUCUGCUGCUACGAACGGACAUAUAGAUUGUGUGAGAUUGCUGCUGACUGCAGAAGCGCAAGUGGAUGCUGCUGAUAAAAAUGGCUUUACACCCUUGUGUUCAGCAGUUGCUCAGGGACAUGUCAAGUGUGCAGAAUUAUUAAUCAUGUAUCAGGCUGAUAUUAACCAUGCUGCUGAAAGAGGACAGACACCUUUGUACCUGGCCUGUAGAAAUGGAAAUAGCAAUUGUAUUAAGCUAUUGUUGGAAGGUGGAGCAGAUCGAACAGUCAAAACCAGUGAUGGCUGGUCACCAAUUCACGCAGCAGUGGAUUCUGGUAAUGUUGACAGUCUCAAGCUCCUUAUGUACUAUGGAAAGCCAAACAAUGGGAACCCUUUGACUGAUGCAGAGACUAAUUUAGACUACUUUGAUUUGGAGAAGCGAGAAGACAACUAUGGCAGUAGCAUAAAGCCUGUUAUUUCUGCAGAUCUCAUCAACCAUGCUGACAAAGAGGGUUGGACUGCUGCCCACAUAGCAGCAUCAAAAGGCUUUAAGAACUGUCUAGAAAUCCUUUGUAGCCAUGGUGGACUAGAGGCUGAGAGAAAAGAUAAGUGUAAUCGAACAUUGCAUGAUGUUGCUACUGAUGAUUGCAAACAUCUCCUAGAAAACUUAAAUGCUCUCAAUGUACCUGUAAGGAUUUCAGUCAGUGGCAUUGAACCAGCCCACUGUGGUACAGAGGAAUUUGAUACAGAAAACACAAUAUGUGCUUUAAAUAUCCGCAAACAAACAUCAUGGGAUGAUUUUUCAAAAGCAGUGAGUCAGGCAGUGACAAACCACUUCCAAGCAAUUGCUUCUGAUGGAUGGAGGAGCCUAGAAGAGCUGUCAUUUAAUAGUGCUGCAGAAUCCAACAUUGGCCUCAGUGCAAGCAGUAUAUUAUCUGUCAAACUAGGAAACAUUUCGUGGUCAACAGGUCAGAUUUUUUCCCAGCCACCAUGGGACUUUUUGAAGAACAACAGAGCUGAGCAUAUCACAGUGUUUUUGUUUGGACCUCAAGAAGGCUGCCUAAAUAGUGUGACUUACGCAUCUAUGAUACAUCUUCAGACACUUCAGAAUUACCUCCGCCUGGUUGAACAGUACCGUAAUGUCAUUUUCCAUGGUCCAGAAGGAAGUUUGCAAGACUAUAUAGCAUAUCAGAUAGCGGCCUGCAUGAAGCAAAAGCAAGUUGCUGCAGGAUCCACAUGUGAAAUCAUUAAAGUUGAAGUGGAUGCUGAUUUCUCCAAGGAGCAGCUUGCAGAACUGUUCAUCAGUAGUGCUUGUCUGGUCCCAGUUAAACAGCCUCCUGUAAGCAAGACAACCAUUGUGAUUUUAGAAAAUCUGGAGAGAGCUUCUUUAUCUGAAUUACUAGGAGAUUUUCUGGCACCUCUUGAGAAUCGGAGUUCGGAAAAUCCUUGCACUAUUCAAAGAGCAAAUGGAGUUUCUGGUGCCUUUUACUUUCAUGAGAACUGCUUUUUGCUGGGGACAAUUGCAAAGUGUCAUCUUCAUGGCUCUGACCUGCUGGUUCAGCAGCAUUUCCGUUGGGUUCAACUUAGGUGGGAUGGGGAACCAAUGCGUGGCUUGCUUCAAAGGUUUUUAAGAAGAAAAGUUAUAAACAAGUUCAGAGGCAAAGUACCCCCUCCAUGUGAUCCCGUGUGCAAGAUCAUAGACUGGAUUCUUGCUGUUUGGCACCAGCUGAACUCUUGCUUAUCACGUCUAGGAGCACCUGAAGCACUUAUGGGGCCAAAACAUUUCUUCUCUUGUCCUGUGGUGCCAGGGCAUGGCCAGGCGACAGUGAAGUGGAUGUCCAGGUUAUGGAAUGCUGUGAUAGCUCCCAGAGUUCAAGAAGCAAUACUCUCCAGAGCCUCUGUGAAAAGACCAUCUGUACCAGGACAAGCCAUAGCCAAAAAAAGUCCUAGCCAAGGUCAACAGGCUGUUGUUAAAGCUGCUCUCAGUAUCUUGCUAAAUAAAGCUGUUUUGCAUGGCUGUCCUCUCCCCAGACCAGAGCUAGAUAAUUACAUAGCAGAUUUUAAGGGAGGAAACUUUCCUUUAUCUGUGGUUUCGAGCUACAAAAAUUGUAGUAAGAAAAGAGGUGAGAAUGCUUCUUGGAGAAAAGUGAGCACAAGUCCUCGCAAAAAGUCAGGCCAUUUGUCCCCCCAGUCAUGGAAUAAGCAGGAGACAAACGCUGAAGUUAUAAAAUCUAGGACUGUGUUGCAGCCAAACUGUAAGAAAAGAGCUUCUCUCACCACAAAAUCUUCAGAGAGGGAUCAGUUGGGAACGUUAAAUCUGGAGCAAAGGCUGUCCCUUGGUUCUGAUGAUGAGGUAGAUCUUGUGCAGGAACUUCAAAGUAUGUGUUCCAGCAAAUCUGAGCCUGAUAUAAGCAAGAUAGCAGAUUCUAAGGAUGAGCUAUUGAUGUUCAAUAACUCUCAGAAGAAUCCUGUAUUUUCAGCAAGUGGUACUAACCCAAGUAAAACAACAGCACAAAAGGAUGGAAUGCGUCCGCUCAGCAGCAGUCGAACUGUGGAAAGCAGCAACAGUAAAUCAAAGACAGAGUUGGGUGUUUCAAGAGUUAAAUCUUUUCUUCCAGUUCCUAGAAGUAAAGUCACCCAGCCUUCUCAGAAUACUAAAAAAAGCAGCAGCAGUAAUACAAGGCAAAUAGAGGCAGAUAAUAAGGCAAAAAGAGAGAUUUGGAAUUUGCACAAAAAAGAACAAAUAGAAAAAUCUAAUAAAUAAACCUGCCUACCAUAAAAUUUUUGAUGAUCUUAUAAUUUCUAUUGCAAAGAACCAAGUACUCAAAUAUGUAAAUAUUUUUUGAAAAUAAACUGUUUCCCUGUAAUGUAAAGUUUGUACAGGACCACGUUUAUUUCUAUGUAAAUCAGCUGGAAAUUAUAUUGACUUAAACUUCAGAAAUGGGCAGUUUUGCCACCUUCAUAGGUGGUUUGUUUGGUUUUUUUUCUUCUUUUAUUAUGAAAAUUACUUGUUUAAAUGAUAAUAUUCAGGGGUGUUACCACAGGAUUCUGUUUGUGUAUAUACUGUACAUAAAUAUAUUCUAUCAAGUUCACAUGUUAAACUGCAUUCAGAUGAGUUGCACAAUAUGUACAGCAAUGGCUUCAAGCUAUUGUUCGUGCAUUUUAAAGACAUGUUUUUAUCUUCACUUAACGAAAAAUUAAUGGAAUGUGGCAAUAACUAAAAUGAUUGGAAAUGCAGAUCAAUUACUUUCAGCUACAAGCCAUAUUAAAUACUUUGAUUUCCCCAUCAUCUGCCUGCUGAAUUUUGAUCUUGUUUCUCUCAAGCUUCUCUUCAUCUAAAAUGUCAUGAAUUUUCGUUAUAACUUCUAUCUUUUAAAAAAGGAAAGAGAUUGAGAAAUUAAAAUGCAAUAAAAGUUAUUUUUCUCAGACUCUUAUUCUUUGAUAGAAUUGAAGAAAAUGGGAUCAUUUAUUAACUUCGUUUUUCUUGUAUACUGUAAAAACUUUUAUAUACUUCAUCAGUGUUUUAAAAGGAUCUGAGAAAUAAUAGUGUUUUACAGAAACAGAUUUUACUGAAAAGGAAUCUGAGCACAAGCUGAACUACAGUAUUAUCAGAGAUAAUGUAGUAGCGAUAACACGAGUUCCUAUGUAAUUAUCAAUUUCUAUUGUGGAUUUAAGAUGUAAUUGCUGUGAAAUGAUACUUGAGCUGCAGCUAAAAUUCUUUAUAAUUCCCCCCCACCCCCUACUACAGAGGUAGAGCACGUUCACACAUAGAGGGAGAGUUUCUACAGAGGGAUUAUGCCCCCGGUCUCUGCAGUAGCUGCAGUUACACGCUUGUGAAGUGUAGUAAUGUGGAAACGCUCCCUGCCCAGACACCUCGGCUGGCUGGCGGAGCAAAGUGCGGAGUUUUCUUGAGAUCAAACUGCCAGGAGAUGGUUUUGAGAGCUAUGAACAGCAACAUGGUCAUGCCUAUACUUUCCAACGUAGUGUUUUUCUCAAAUUCAGCCUGGAAAAGGAAAGGAUUACCUGUUUCCUAACGCUUCACCUUUGUACGUAAAACAGUCAUCCCAAACUCAUGUCAAUAAAACUUUUGUACUGUA